AUUGUAGUUUACCAAUGUGAAAUGUCAUAUAACUUCUUAUGACGCUUGUUUAAUAGAUCUUAGUUUUGUAUAGUUUACCGCGCAACGUUAAUAAUAGUUAAAUAAUUAAUUAUUCCUGAUUACUAAAUUAACCACUGGUUUAUAAAACGAUCCUAAUAUGUCGAGCACAUCGCAAAAACAUAGAAAUUUUGUUGCUGAACCCAUGGGUGAAAAACCUGUCACAGAUUUAGCUGGAGUGGGAGAAGUUUUAGGAAAGCGGUUAGAAACAGCAGGGUUCGAUAAGGCCUUUGUAGUAUUGGGUCAAUUUUUGGUUCUUAAAAAAGAUCGUGAACUAUUUCAAGAAUGGAUGAAAGAUACUUGUAAUGCAAAUUCAAAGCAAUCCACAGAUUGCUACCAGUGCCUAAAAGACUGGUGUGAUGAAUUCUUGUAAUAUCUUACACAUCUUUAUAUAGUAAUGACAGUGAAACAAAUCUCAACAUUCAACUUAUCUGACAUCUUUUAAUGACUAACUCAUCAAUUUUGGGCAUUAUUGUUAAUGAUUCAAUUGCUGUGACAUCUUUCAUGACCUCUAUGAAAGUUCUCUAGAUUACCUUCUUGUAUUGUUAUAUAAAUUAAACCAGUUGUACUAUGUGUCCAAAGCAGUGUUUUAUAAGUAAAUAGUGGUAUUGAAGUUAUUGCUAUGAUUUCUUUAAAGGCAGAUACUAAAAAAAGUGUAAAAUAUAUACUAUAUAAUAGAAUAUUUUUAAUAAAUAAUGUAAAUGACUAAAGUUCUUGUAACAAAUUAAACUGUUUGUGUUGUAACUAAAGUUAUAUAAUUAUGCUAGCUAAUAUUAUUAUAAUUUUUAUAAGGAAAAAAUAAGCGUACUCCUUUGAAAGGCAGACAUUAUUGAUUUGUAAGAAUACAGAGUUAUGAAGAUAAUGACAUACAUAAGCAUGCAGGUUAACCUCCCUUAUUCCUAAAAUUUGUAUGAUUAGCCUAAUUAGCUUGAGUACUCUAUUUUAAAGAAAAGAGACAGAUAAGUACUUUAGUUAAAUUGGUGCUAUUAGACUAAUUUAUUUGUUAUGAAUUAGGGAGUAAUAUUAUUGUAUUAACCCUGUAUUACCACAUAAUGUCUUUGUUAAUUGAAAUAAAGCUUAAUAAAAAAAUA